AAGAGGGAUUAAGGCUCCACCUAUUAUGUUGUCGCUGUUGGUGUGAUCUCACGUUCACUAGUGAGAAAUUUCUUCUUUUCUCUCUCUUGUUUUCUCUUCUGACAAUAAUGGUACCUACUAUACUUUCUUCUUUGUAAAUUAUGAUUCCCUUGCCAGUUCAAGAUUCAUAUCCGCCUUUUACAAGUCUCUCAGAUUUUCUCGCUGUGAUAUCACCUUCCGACCUUGCUACCCUUUUGACCCAUCAGAUUUGUUCCCUUCUCUAUGAGUUUCAUUCCUAGUAUAUUCUCCGAAUGAAACCAUGGUUACCUUCUGCAAGACCAUGUUCUCCUUCCAUCAUUUUUUACAAAGGUAUCUUUGAUGCUUGUUCAAUGAAUGAAACAUAGAAGGAUGCAUUAAAAGGUGGAUGCCUUGUUUGGGUGGGUUACCCGGGGAAUGUAUGAAUCCUUGACUCGCAAAACGGCUCUAGUAGAUUUUAGACAGGUCCAAACCGAACCGAGCUAUGAAGUUGCAAGUGAACCGGUCUGACCGACUGAUCCGGGCCGCAUCUCUUUUUCUCUCUUGGUAUUUGUCGUGUUGCUUAGAUAUUUAUUUUGGUUGUAAACAGUUCCAAAGAGAGACGACUGAGAAGAAGCAAUAAGUAAGCGAAGGAGGAAGAAAGGCGAUUUACUGGAAGCAAUGGCGGACCAACUGAUAGACGAGCAGAUCUCCGAGUUCAAGGAAGCCUUUAGCCUCUUCGACAAAGACGGCGAUGGUUGCAUCACUACGAAAGAGCUGGGAACUGUUAUGCGUUCGCUAGGGCAAAACCCAACAGAGGCCGAGCUCCAAGACAUGAUCAACGAGGUGGACGCAGAUGGGAACGGUACCAUCGACUUUCCGGAGUUCCUGAACCUGAUGGCUAAGAAGAUGAAGGACACUGACUCUGAGGAAGAGCUGAAAGAGGCAUUCAGGGUUUUCGACAAAGACCAGAACGGUUUCAUCUCCGCUGCUGAGCUUCGCCAUGUGAUGACUAAUCUUGGUGAGAAGCUUACUGAUGAGGAAGUGGAAGAGAUGAUCCGUGAAGCUGAUGUUGAUGGAGAUGGUCAGAUAAAUUAUGAAGAGUUUGUCAAGAUUAUGAUGGCUAAGUGACGUAUCAUGAUGACCUCUUAUUAUUUACUUAGGAGUUUAACCAAUAUACAUUUGCAUGAUUGGUCUAGAAAUGGGUUUUUCAAAAGACUGUGAUUAUGAGACGGUUAUUUAGCGUUAUGGUUAAUGAUUUUCUUGUUUUGUGCGUAA